UCAAAAUGAACUAAUAAACCAUACAAUUAUUGUAGCCUUGGAUUCCAAAUACACACACACUUAUCAGCCACAUGCACCCAAGCUACAUUGAUGCUCAUGAACUUUAUAUGUUAUUCCUUUCGUUUUUUAUAAAAGUAUAAAGUCAUCAAUAUAAAUGUAUAGGUUAUUUAUAUUUCAUGGUACUAAGAAGAUCUCAAAUAUAACGCUACAUAUUAUUUUUCACGGUUCAAUAUAUUAUUUAAAUAACAAAAAUUUUUUUUUUUUUUAGACUUCAGAAUAGAAUAGAUUCUAAAGUGUAAGUGCAACUUAUUAUUACUGUUAAUACGAUAUAAAUAAUUAAAACCUGAUAGAGUAAAAAUAAAAUAAAAUUUGCGGUCAAUGGGUAUUAUAGCUUACUUAAUAUGUUUCAGAACUAAUGGAUUAUUCAAAGUUUCCAACAAAAAGGGUACACCAUCUUAAUAUUCCAUUAGAGAGGCCACCAUCAACUUGGAUGGAUCCUUUAUAUGUACCAGAGUGUUCUCCAUUUCUGAUAACACAAUGGCCAUAAAAUUCUGUUUUUUUCCUCCAGCUUUAAUCAUCCUAACAAUAUUAGCUUUCAGUUCUUCUGGAAAUGCUCAAGUGUCUGAAGUAACAACUUCUAAUCAAGCUCUUCUCUAUGCUUCUCCACCAUUACCAAAUGGAUGUCCCUAUUCUUGCCUUCCACCACCUACCCCUACCGACUGCCCACCGCCUCCAUCGUCACCACAGCCACCACCUUCAGGGCCAGUCAACUACCCUCCACCAAUGGGAUAUUAUUUGCCACCAGGUGGAGACUUUUUACCUCCACCGAUGUACGUGUAUGGUCCUCCACCUCCUAAUCCAAUUUUACCUUACCUCCCAUUUUACUACAAGAAUCCACCACCACCACAGUCUGAUUACUCUUCUGCUGCAACUCAUUAUGUGACAAGCAAGCAUAUGAAGAGCAAGUUAUUGCUACUAUUGACACUUCUCCUUAUCUGGUGAUCACCAAACAAAAGUGGCACGAUUUCAUAUUCAAUAUUUUUUAGUAUUUGGGACCAAGGAAGUUCAUGUGCAGCUAGCGCUAUGUAGUAGUACAAAUAUAACUCUUGCUGGGUGCAUCUGAGGGCAACAGUACAAGUGGCAAGUACUUUGAUUCUCUUUUAGCUAUUUUUGGAGGAGAAACUUGAAAGAAAAAAAGCAUUUCCUUUUUUUCUGAGUUAUUCUCCCACUAAAAAAUUUUUCCUACUCACCAAAAACCAAAAAACCUAACAAAUGGUUCUGGAGAGAAGAUUUAGUCAUAUUUAAGUAUUUCAUGA